AUGGAAGUUUUAUUAAGUUUAGAUUCAUCUGCCGAGGUUUCUUUCUGUGGUGGUAAAGAGACAUGGCAUUUAGAACCAAAGAUUUAUUCCAAAACUAUCUCAUCAGAUAAUAAAGAACAAAACUCACUCUCAAUCACUCCAGGUGAUAAUAAUUCAUUCAAAGUCACUUGUCAAAAACAAUCAAAUGAUCCACAAAAUGUUAUUGUGACUAUUAGAAACAAAAAGAGUAUUAGCAGCCCAUUACCAGAAGCCCAUUCAAUUAAAAUUCCAUUCUUUUGCCGUCAACCAUCAUAUGUUCAUAUUCAAUUUAUAAAAUUACCAAAUGAAGAAGAAGGUAAACAAAUUAUUCAAUCAUCGAAUCCAAUACAUCAAGAUUCUAUUUUAUCAUUGAAAAAACAAAAAUCAGGUGAAAUCAGUCGUUUAAAUAUUCAUAAUACUAGUGAUUUACCAUUUAUUGCUAUGAAUUCUAUUGCUAAAUAUGUAAAAGGUAGUACCAAUUAUCCAAUUAUAUUUGCAGGUUCCAUCUUUAUUGCCGCCUUUGCUAUUGGUCUUUAUGUAUAUAAAAUCAACCUAAAUAUGAUAAUUUACCCCAGUAACACCCCAAUUAAAUCCAAGUUCUUCACUUUGCAUUCCAGGUACUAUAAAUUAUUAACUAAAAAUAGAACUUUUUUAAAAAAUAUUCCAAAUUCAACUUAUAUUUGGUCAUCAAGUAAUCCAAAAGUUGGAAAUACAUCCAUUGUUGAUGUCAAUUCUAAAGGUGUUAUUGGGAAUAAUAAUUUUGCUAGAUCUGUUGUCAUUGUUCAAGAACCAGACCAAAUUGUUUUUUCAUCAUCUCAAGUAGAGGUCGAAGUUGGUAAAAAAUUAGUACUCUCAACUAAAUUAUUAUCAAAGCAUUUACCAAAAGGAGUUUAUUUCGAAUCUUGCUCAAUUAAUAAUUUAGAAUGGAAAGUUAAAGAUGAUUCCAUUUUCAAAAUUUUACCACAUGAAAAGGUCGACCAACAAAAGAUAUCAAGUGACAUAUGUUCAUCUCGUGAAUUUUUGGCUCUAAAAGAAGGCUCAACUGUUAUUUCAGUUCAAUACAAUGGAAUUAGAGAAGAAAUUCGUAUUUUUGCUUCUCCACCAGCUGAUCAAAUAGAAUUUUUAUUAAGUUUAGGUUCAUCGGCCGAGGUUUCUUUCUGUGGUGGUAAAGAGACAUGGCUUUUACAACCAAAGAUUUAUUCCAAAUUUAUUUCAUCAGAUAAUAAUGAACAAAACUCACUCUCAAUCACUCCAGGUGAUAAUAAUUCAUUCAAAGUCACUUGUCAAAAACAAUCAAAUGAUCCACAAAAUGUUAUUGUGACUAUUAGAAACAAAAAGAGUAUUAGCAGCCCAUUACCAGAAGCCCGUUCAAUUAAAAUUCCAUUCUUUUGCCGUCAACCAUCAUAU